CAGUCGGUUCUCUUCAUCACUCUCGCGCGUGACGGCCAUCUUCCUUCAGCUCGAGAAGACUGUUCCUGCAGACAUGGCCGACUAUUCUAACGUGGCUCCGCCGUCCUCUAACUCCGGUGCAGGGAUGAACGAUGCUUUUAAAGACGCCCUUCAGAGGGCCAGACAAAUAGCAGCAAAAAUAGGAGGUGAUGGUAUACCCCCCUCUCCGUCCUCCAAUGAGUUUGGUUAUGGAGGACAGAAGAGACCCCUUGAAGAUGGAGAUCAACCAGAAACCAAGAAGGUUCCACCAAGCGAUCCUUUUUCAUCUGUAAUGGGAGGCAUGGGUGGCCCAAGGUCUAUAUCAGAAGAGUACAAGGUUCCAGAUGGCAUGGUCGGCUUCAUCAUUGGAAGAGGAGGAGAACAGAUUUCAAGAAUCCAGCAGGACUCAGGCUGCAAAAUACAGAUUGCUCCUGACAGUGGUGGCAUGCCUGAGAGGUCAGUGACAUUAACAGGCUCACCUGAUGCAAUCCAGGGUGCAAAGAGGUUACUCUCAGAGAUUGUAGAGAAAGGCAGACCUUCUCCAGCAUUUCACCACAAUGAUGGACCAGGGAUGUCUGUUCAGGAGAUUAUGGUCCCAGCCUCCAAAGCUGGUCUGGUCAUUGGAAAGGGAGGAGAAACAAUCAAACAGUUACAGGAACGUGCUGGAGUCAAAAUGGUCAUGAUUCAAGAUGGACCCCAAAACACAGGUGCUGAUAAACCGCUCAGGAUCUCCGGCGAUCCUUUUAAAGUUCAGCAAGCUAAAGACAUGGUGAUGGAUCUGAUCAGAGAUCAGGGUUUCCGGGAACAGAGAGGAGAAUAUGGUUCUAGAGCUGGAGGAGGUGGUGGUAAUGGCGGUGGCGGUGGUGGUGGAGGAGGAGGAGAAGGUGGUCUGGAUGUUCCUGUGCCAAGGUUUGCAGUGGGAAUUGUGAUUGGCAGGAAUGGUGAAAUGAUCAAGAAGAUUCAGAAUGAUACUGGUGUGAGGAUUCAGUUCAAACCAGAUGAUGGCACUACACCAGAGAGGAUCGCUCAGAUAAUGGGGCCUCCAGACAGGGCUCAGCACGCAGCAGAUAUAAUAACUGACCUUCUGAGAAGUGUGCAGGCAGGGGGCCCCCCUGGUCACGGUGGGGGCAGAGGGAGAGGCCGUGGGCAGGGAAACUGGAACAUGGGCGGCCCUCCUGGAGGCCUGCAAGAAUUCACUUUCACUGUGCCUUCCAUGAAGACCGGCCUCAUUAUUGGCAAAGGGGGUGAAACAAUUAAGAGCAUCAGCCAGCAGUCCGGAGCCAGGAUAGAAUUACAAAGAAACCCUCCACCUAAUUCAGACCCUAAUAUAAAGAUCUUCACAGUCCGUGGAUCACCCCAACAGAUUGAUUACGCCAGGCAACUGGUUGAGGAAAAAAUUGGAGGUCCAGUUAGCCCUAUGGGUGGCCCUCAUGGUGGUCCUGGGCCCCACGGAGGUCCUUCUCAUGGCCCUCCUGGUCCACAAGGACCUCCUGCUCCCAUGGGCCCAUACAACCCUGGGCCCUAUGGCCAGGGCCCUCCUGGACCACAUGGUCCUCCAGCACCAUACCAGCCUCAAGGCUGGGGCAACGGAUACCCCCACUGGCAGCAAGGGCAGCCAGAUCCCAAUAAAGCAGCAGCUGAUGCUAAUGCUGCUGCAUGGGCAGCCUAUUAUUCUCAGUACCAGCAGCAGCCCCAGGGCCCCAUGACACCCACCUCAGCAGCCCCAGGCACAACCCAGUCCAAUGGACAAGAUCUUGUGUCUUCAGGUCAAGGACAGCCUCAGCAGGACUACACGAAGGCAUGGGAAGAGUACUAUAAGAAACAAGGUCAAGCUGCUCCUCAAGCGGCGGCAGCAGCGGCGACGUCUCAGCCGGGAGGUCAGCCAGAUUACAGUGCAGCGUGGGCAGAGUACUACCGCCAACAGGCAGCGUACUACGGCCAAGGCGCCCCUCAGGCGAUGGGAGCUGCACCCCAGGCUCAGCAGGGCCAGUAAUGUGAAGUGGACAUAAAGUAAAUGCUACAUUGUCAGAAAAAAACCUUUGUUAAAUGUUUGGAUGCAGACGCCAUGAUGAAGAUCUUAAUUUCAUUGGUUUGAGUGUUUAUGCUAGAUCGCAGACCGGCUCCAAAGUCAAGUAUAUAUAUUUUUUUUUUUCCUUUUUGUUUUGCCACUCUUGUAAAUGAACGGUUUGUUUUUAGUCGGGUAAUAUUGGUCAUUCCAGCUCCUGUAUCUCCUGUAUUUCAUGUAGUUUUGAGACUAAUCUAUAGUCAUUUCCAUGUAAAUCAUCUCAGUUUUAAUAUGAUAUGCCUGUUGUGUUUUGCAAUAAAACAAUGAAACCUCCUGUGUUGGUAAGUGGGGUGCAAAAUUGGGCAAUGUUUUGUGAAAAUUUCAUUUCCUGUUUUGGGAUUUGGGGGGGGGGGGGGGGGGGGGUCUUGUAUGCAAAUUUACAGAAAGAAAAUGUUGCUUUUUUUUUUUUUUUUCUCUUCUCCAACUGUCUACAUUACCCCUGAUUUUAAGUUUGAUUCCUGGUCUAUUUUAAAGUUGCAACUAAAGAGUAUCAAUGAUCAUUUGAUUGCUUUGACAAAUGGAAGGAUAUGGCUGUUUUAUUAUUUUUUUUGUACUGGUCAUUGCUGUGGAUGUAGGUGUAGGCAGGUUAUCUAAGGCAAAGUGGCUUUGGUGUUGGCAAGGUAUGUGAUUAAUUCAAUAACUCUUCAGUGCUGUAGUGUUGCUCAUUCUUGUACUGCAUUUCACCUGGUUUGUUGAGGUAGUGUGCACUGUUAAUGAGAGACAUUUCCUCCCUCACAGGCAAGAUUAGGAAGGCGGUAAGCAAGUAUGCGUCUUUACAUAAAAUGUUCCUUAUAUAUUGUGACUGCAAUCAUGUUGCAAGUAUUUUAGUUUGUUCAAGUUUGCUGCUUUUUUACAGGGCAGGUCAAGUGUUCUGAUCAACAGUCAUGCCUUGCUAAAUUACUUGUCCCCAUCAUAUAUUUUAAAUGUCUAAAAUCCACCAAUUGUGUAUAUAUUUAUAUCAAUAUUGCUGGCAUUUCUAAACCGUUUUGAUACGAUUAAAAAAAGCUCAAAUGCGAACGUGGACUACUUUUUUGUCUACCCAUUGUUUGUUAGCAUUUUUCCAAUAUAGGCCUGUAGGUUUUUGGAGACUCUGGCCUUCCACACCAGUGAAAUGAGCUCUCCACUGUAAGUACAAAAUGUACAUGACUUUGCGGCCCAAUUUGUUAUGCUGUCAAUGCAUUGUCUUUGACUUACUGAAGCGCAAUGUAUUUAAAUAUCUUUAAAUGUUGCCCUUUUUGGGUAAGUAUGUCAGGGCUGUAAUUUUGAUUUUACAUUCAUUCAAGAUAACGACUACCCUUUUCCACAUUGGACUGUUAUUUUUGCCAUAACAGCAUUGUGUGAUAUUUACAAAUUGAGUCAUUGCCAUGUUGACACUGCUUUAGUCAUUUAAGACUUGUCUCUGACUUCUCGUAUGAAACUGUGAACUGUAUCACUGUGUUUAAGUCAGGACGUCUGUAGAAACAGCAUCGUUUUCCCAUCUGAAUUAACACUGACUAGACAUUUUUUUGUGAUUUCUACUGCCAAGUGUUUUGUACUGCAUAGACCCAUAAAGACCCUCAGCAAAUGACCUCUUUCAGAUGUUAAUUAGUAUUAAUGUCCAAUUUCUAAAUCUGUGCCUGACCGGUUUGUGUGAUUUGAGGUCAUUGAGGCUGUCAAAUUGAUUCAAGUUCUUUUGAUCUGACUGUUCAGUAGUGAGCAGUGCAAUGUCUAAUUUUGCAGUGUCAUCCCUGACCUUGCACCUUAGGUUCUGCAGCAAUAACACAGGUAAGAGUAUCCUAAAAAAUCCAAACAAUUGAACCUGUGAUCUAGUGUAAUGCUUUUCACAUUUGAUACAGAGGUCAAUAUGUGCCGCUUUUUCAAUUUAAGGAUGUCUCUUGUCGUAAAUGGACUGGCGUACGCCUCAAAUGUUGGAAUUUAGAUCUGCUGGAAGUAUGUUUUUGUCCAUAUGAAUUGCAUGGCAUUGACCUGUAGCUCACAAAACAA